UCCCCCAGACAUGUCUGCUUAGACCCGAGCAGCCCCAGCAGCCAGCCCCAGACAGCCGUCGGCUCCGAGCUAUGACAGGAGUAUUUGACAGAAGGGUCCCCAACAUCAGAUCCAGCGACUUCCAAACUCCUUUCCAGACGGCCGCAGCCAUGCACCACCCGUCCCAGGAAUCUCCCACUUUACCCGAGUCCUCGGCUACAGAUUCCGACUACUACAGCCCGGCGGGGGGAGCCCCGCACGGCUACUGCUCGCCUACCUCGGCUUCCUACGGCAAAGCGCUCAACCCUUAUCAGUAUCAGUACCACGGCAUGAAUGGAUCUGCUGGGAACUAUCCUGCCAAAGCCUAUGCAGACUACAGUUACGCCAGCCCCUACCACCAGUACAGCGGGGCUUACAACCGCGUACAGAGUUCCGCCAGCCAGCCAGAGAAGGAGGUGGCGGAGCCCGAGGUGAGGAUGGUGAACGGCAAACCAAAGAAAGUGCGCAAACCCCGGACUAUUUAUUCCAGCUUUCAGCUGGCGGCGUUGCAAAGGAGGUUUCAGAAGACCCAGUAUCUCGCACUGCCCGAGCGGGCAGAGCUGGCCGCCUCCUUGGGGCUCACGCAGACACAGGUGAAAAUUUGGUUUCAGAAUAAAAGAUCCAAGAUCAAGAAGAUCAUGAAGAACGGGGAGAUGCCUCCGGAGCACAGCCCCAGCUCCAGCGACCCCAUGGCCUGCAACUCUCCACAGUCGCCUGCGGUUUGGGAACCUCAAGGCUCAUCCCGCUCCCUCAGCCACCACGGCCACGCACACGCUCACCCUCCAAACUCCAACCCGUCCCCUGCAUCCAGCUACCUGGAGAGCUCUGGUUCCUGGUACCCAGCUGCCAACUCCAUCAACUCCCACCUCCAACCCCACGGCUCCCUACAGCACCCGUUAGCGCUGGCCUCUGGGACAAUUUAUUAGAGUCUGACUUUUUUUUUUUUUUUUUUUUUUUUUCGUUCCAUGGACUCCCAUGUUUUACUGUUAAGGAAUAAUAACGAAAGGAAUGCAUAUGGGGAAUUUUUUAAAGGGAAAAGAAACAAACACAAAAAUUAAAAUGUGUAAAGCUUAUGCAUGUAACUUAUUGCAUUUCAAAGGAAACCCUUUUUUAUACAAUACGGACAUUUUUUGGCUCAGCUGUGGACACUAUCAAUGGUGCCUUGAAAUCUAUGACCUCAACUUUUCCAGAGACUUUUUUUCAAUGUUAUUUUAACCCUGUAAAUAAUUGUAGAUAGAGGAAUUAAACUGUAUAUUCUGAAUAAAAUAAAAUUAUUUCGACCA